GAGCCGGCGUGUGAGUGAAUGGCGGUGAUGGUGGUGCUGUGUGAGCGGUGGUGCAGCGGUUAGGGCGCUGCGCUACGAACCCGGCGACCUGGGUUUGAUGACCGCUCUCUCGGUCAAGAGCAGUGACGAUUACCUGGACCGAUAUCCUGGGCCCACGAUGGCUCCCCCCCUCUUCCUCCACCUCCUCCACCUCCUCCACCUCCUCUACCUCCUCGUCAUCAUCGUCCUCGUGGUGCCGGCCGCCUCCGUGGCGACCCCAACACUCGCCCCCUCGCUCGGGGUCCGACUCUCUGACCCGCGUGCCGACCCCCCCACACAGCCGCCGCUCCCCUCGGGGACCCUGGGGACCCCGACCUCCACCAAGGGGGUACCCGGACCGGACCCCGGCGAGGCAGGAGGUGGCCGCUUCAGAGCUCCUGCCGAGACCUCGACCCCCCCUCCCCUUACCUCCUACUCCCUCGCAGAGCUGAGCACGGUCACCGAGCAGCACCUCGGGGCCCCAGAUCCCACAUCAGGGGUCCCCGAUCCUGUCUCAGGGCUACCUGUUCCAGGAACAGGGGUCCCAGACCCAGUAUCGGUGAUCCCUUUUCCAGUAUCAGGGGUCCCAGAUCCCACAUCAGGGGUCCCCGAUCAUGUCUCAGGGCUACCUGUUUUAGGAACAGGGGUCCCAGACCCAGUAUCGGUGAUCCUUUUUCCAGUAUCAGGGGUCCCAGACCCAGUAUCGGUGAUCCCUUUUCCAGUAUCAGGGGUCCCAGAUCUGACAUCGGGGAUCCCUUUUCUAGUACCAGGGGUCCCAAAUCGCACACCGGGGGUCCCUGGUCCGACACCAUCGGUCCCAGAUUCCACAUCAGGGGUCCCGCAUUCUGUCUCGGGGAUCCCUCAUCCCAUAUCAGGGGUCCCUGGGGAUGCGAGCGAUGAGCCGAGUUGGACCCCCAUGCUCAUGACCUCGCCCUCGACCCCGCACCCACGAGAGGGUCCCCUUUCCGCAUCACCUGGCACCCCCACAGCAAGGGCCCAGGGGGACGGGGGCCGUGGUGGUGGUGGUGGUGAUGGUGGUGGCGGUGGUGGUGGUGGUGGUGGUGGAGGCGGCGCCACUGACGAUGGCGGUGAUGGAUAUGAUGGAGGAGCUGUUGAUGGUGGUGGUGGUGAUGACGGAGCAGAUGUUCAAACUGCUCGUGGAGUGGCUGAUGUUGGACCAGGAGACGUGAACUCCACCCGUUCCCCUCCAACGCCGCCCACGUCCCCGCCGGUCGCUAUGACCUCCGGAGACGUCGUAACUCGGCGAGAGCCCCCCUCCACCCGGGGUGUGGAGACCCCGGACCGGUCCCCAGUCCUGAACCCCUCCCUGCCACCGCCCGCACCCCCAAACCUAAGUCCUACGCCGCACUCUGACCCGGGCGUGAACCCGAACCCAGCCCACUCCCCGGCCACGUUGCCGUCUGCAAUCCUGGAGCUGCGGCCGACUCCAUCUCUCACCCCGGACCGCGGCGCAGACCCGCGACCCGCCACGUCGACCUCACCGGACCUGGAUCUGGAACCGAACCCGGACGUUGCAAGAGGAGCGGCCACUGCGACCCCAGCGGGCGGUGCGGAGCCGGGGGUCGUGACGGACGAGGCUGCCCGUCGCUUCGUCCCCGUGCCAGGACCCGCACCAGACCCUCCCCUCCCUCCCCGGAGACCGGGCACCGACCGAGAGCCGUUCUCCUCGGCGAUGCCUCCGUCGCGGGCCCCGGGAUGGGCCAGGGAGUGGGCACCGGUCCUCCUCUCCCUCGUUCCGGGCACGGGGCCUUGGCGUGAGCUGCGUGGAACGCUGGGCCCCACGUGGGACGCGGGCUCGCUUGUUCUCACCUGCGCCUUCGCCCUCCUCUCCGUCCUGGCGCUCUUCACCCUGGCCAGACUCCUGCUGAUGACGCUGAUAAAGACGAAGCCACCAUCGCCACCCCCACCACCGCCGUCGCCGUCGCCGCCACUGCAGCCGCCGUCCGGGUCCGACCCCCUAAAAGACCCCCCGAGGGACCCUCAGAGGGAUCCCCAGAGCCCCCUGCCCCCCCUGGGAGCGGCGCUGGUGUUGACGCUGUGCGCCCUGCGCUCCGUGUCGCUCUCCUGUGACCUCCUGACCCCCGAGAGGGCCCCCGCGCCCCUGACCUCCCUCCUCGUGUUCGACUCCGGGUUUCCGCUGCUCACCGCCGCUUUCUGCGUCGCGGCGCUGCUUCCGCUCCUCCUCCUGCGGCGGCGGCGGGGAAGGAAACUCCACGCUGCUGGGCCGGGUCCGUAUCUCCUGGCCAUCUGCUGCGCACACCUCGUCGUCUCCGUCGCUUGCGACGUCGCCUUCGUCUUGAUGACGCGGGACCUCCUUGAUGGUCAUGACGUUGAUGACAACGUUACCGAUGGCGGCGGCGGCGACGACGUCGUCGCGCACGUGGAGCGCCGCCGCUCCGCCGCCGCUGUGCUCCUCCUCUCCCGCGGCCUCUUCGUGUCGAGCGCCGUCGCGCUCCCCGCCGCGGCCGCUCUGCUCUCCCGGCGUCCCCCCGGCGAGCACGACGGCUCCGCCCGUCCCGCUCCGCCCACUCGGGCCCCGCCCCGAAGGCCCCAAUGCUCCGCCGAGGAGCCGGACGAGCAGGAGGAGGAGGCGGGAGGUUCGCCGCGGGAGCCCGGCACCGGAGGAGCCCCCGGCUCCUCGAUCCUGCUCCGCACCUCCGCGUGCUCGCUGCUCGCCUGCGCUGCGCUCCAGGCGUGGCUCCUGGUGGACACCGGCGUCUUCCUCUCCCGCGGCGGCGGUGCCGCCACCGCCGCCGCGCUGGCCCGCGGCUGGGGCCUCCACGUGGCGACCCGCGCGUGCGAGCUGCUGUCUGCGGCCUGCGCCCUGGGCCUGUGCGCCACCGCGCCGGGCGGCGCCGUGGCUCCGUGCGACCGCCGCCGGCGCCGCCCGUGCUCGGCUUCGUGGCCCGAGCGGGCCCUGCUGGCGCGGGUCCGCCAGGUCGUGGCCGUCAGCUCAGGGGUCAAGGCCCGCAACGGGGCUGCGGGCGAGCAGGGCGCCACCACCUCCUCCGGCUCCUCCUCGUUCACGUGGGGGCCCAACAGCCUGGCCCUGAAGCCGGCGAGGAACGGAUUCACCAAGAAGGGCGCCGCCUCAGGGGGUGCCGCGCAGCCGCCUCCCUCCCGUGGGGAUUGGGACUGCUCGGGGUCCCGCAAGGGGUCCGCGGUGGUGGGGGCGGAGGGACCCGUGGGGGCCCCUGUGAGCGUGCACGAGGAGGGGCUGGAGGAGGGGCUGGAGUCGUUGUCGCUGUCGGACAUCGAGCUGCGGCCCCCGUCACCCAUCGACCUGCGCCGCAGCAUCCACGAGGCGCUUGGGAGUCGCGGGGAUGCGCUGUGCUGGGAGCGAGCGGCGGACGAGCCGGAACGAGGUGGACGAGGUGGACGAGGCUUCGAGAGGGUUGGUGAGGACCCGGGGACUCCGUGUGGAGAGAGAAGCAGAGGGGGCCCCGGGGAUCGAGGGAUCCCCAGGAGGGACGGCAGCCAGGGAUCGGAGGAGCUGAGAGCUGAGUUUGUGCAGAUCUGUCGACAGAUUGAGCAGCUGAGCGAUGGCAGCGAUGUUAUCCAACUGUGA